GUAGCUUCGAUUCCAUUUCCAACAUGGAAAUCAAAGAAGCUUUCCAAAGUGAAGCAGGAGAAGGAGGAAGAGACUGAAGAGAAGGAGCAGUGUCAUGGUGUGGCUGAGCUUGAGGUGUCUGAUGCGACACCUGAUGGCAAUGAGGAGGACAGUGAUCAGGAGACUGAGGAGGCCAUGGUCAGGGAGUCCAAGAAGCGCGAUCUGAGUCCUUCAGAUGUGCAGGCCGAGAAGGAGAAGAAGCAGCGCAUGGACAAAGAG